CGCCGGGCCGGCUGACGGAGGCCGCGAGUGUCCGCCUCCGCCAGGGGCUCGCGCCCGGGGCAGCCUUUUCUGCCCCCGCCGGGCUUGGCUGCAGGCAGGGGGCUCAGCGGCGCUGUUGCCGCGGCGGGCAGGAAGCGAGGGGCGUCGGAGAGGGAACUCUAGGGAAGGAGCGAUGGACCUAUCGGGCACCUGUCACCCGCCUCUCCCAGCCGCCGCUGGCGCUCCCAGAUAAGCAGCGCAGGCUGGCGGGCCGGCCCGGAGGGGGCGGCUGCGCCGGGGGCCGGGGGCGCCGUGGGAGGGGGGGAGAUGAAAUUCCCCGGCUCGGUCCUGGUGUCCGUGUUCCUCUUCGUGGCCGAGAACGCGUUCGCGCUGUACCUGAGCAGCGCCUAUAACUCGGCCGGGGACAGUAUCUGGCUCUCCCUGACGCUGCUCUUCUCCCUGCUGCCCUGCGUGCUGGUGCAGUUCACGCUCAUCCUCGUCCACCGAGACCUGAAAAGGGACCGGCCGCUGGUGCUGCUGCUGCACUUGCUGCAGCUGGGGCCCGUGAUCAGGUGUGUGGAAGUCUUUUUCAUAUAUUUUCAAGCUGGAAGAGUUGAAGAGCCAUAUGUCAGCAUCACAAAGAAGAGGCAGAUCCCUAAAAAUGGACUCACAGAAGAAAUUGAGAAAGAAGUGGGCAGGGCAGAAGGCAAGUUGUUCACCCACAGGUCGGCCUUCAGCAGGGCAUCGGUGAUCCAAGCCUUUUUGGGUUCAGCGCCUCAGCUGACCCUCCAGCUAUACAUAAGCGUCUUGCAGCAGAACCUCACUUUAGGGAGAAGUACCUUCAUGGCACUCUCCCUGCUGUCUAUUGUGUAUGGGGCCUUGCGUUGCAACAUCCUGGCUAUCAAGAUUAAGUAUGAUGACUAUGAGAUCAACGUGAAGCCUGCAGCCUAUUUCUGCAUCUUCCUCUGGCGGAGUUUUGAGAUUGCCACACGGGUUGGGGUCCUGGUCCUUUUCAGCUCUGUGCUCCAGAUCUGGAUCCUCCCAGUGGUGCUCCUCAAUUUCUUUGGCUUUUUUUUCUAUCCCUGGAUUCUCUUCUGGAGGAGUGGCUCCCCUUUUCCAGAGAAUAUCAAGACCAUGAGCAGACUGGGAACCACCAUAGUGCUGUGCUCCCUCACCUUCCUGUAUGCAGGUAUCAACAUGUUCUGUUGGUCGGCAGUCCAGUUGAAGAUCAGCAGUCCUGACUUGAUUAAUAAGUCCCAGAACUGGUAUAGGUUGACAGUCUAUUACAUGGUGAGAUUCAUUGAGAAUGCGUUCCUCCUCCUCAUGUGGUACAUCUACAAGACAGAUAUUUACAUAAACGUGUGUGCUCCCUUGCUCAUUCUGAAGCUGCUGAUUGCAUAUUGCACAGCCAUCCUCUUCAUGCUAGUGUUUUACCAGUUUUUCCACCCUUGCAAAAAACUCUUCUCAUUUAGUAUUUAUCAAGGCCUGUUGACAUGUUUCAGAUGUCUUUGCUUUCCAUGUAAGAAGCAGAGACACAGUGAUCCAGCAGAAAGAGCUGACUUGAAGUCACCCGAUGACUCAGAAAUCCCCAUCCAGAGGCAAAAAAGUGAGCCACAGAACAGAAAUCCAAACCUGAAAGUCCCUUCUGAGUCUUAAAGGGACCAGUAGUAAGAUGGUGUCUCUCCUAAUCUGUAGCAGUCCUCUGAUCUUAUUUUCUGUGUCUGAUUGGUGGGUGUUCAGACCACCUGUAACAAUACUGCACAUGCCUUUGAGUGGACAGGAAGUUAUCCCUGCAAGUGCACCCCCUACUCCCUGCCAUCUAGCUUGUUCUGUGUGCCCCUGGAGUAUGGAAUACCUAUGUGAAUGUGCAUGUAUGUUUGUGCAGAGACUGGCAAGGAGAAUGUCAGGUUAUCUGUCCAGCAAUGUGCAAUGCCUGACACUCUAUCCAACAAAGAUUGUGUUUAUAAAUAUGAAUGAAUGAUUGUGUUCUCCUAAUUGCUAUCUUCCUCUUCAGUUUAAAAACGACAACAACAAAGCCCAGCAUGCUUUCGUCACACGGCAGGUCAGAACCUCAUGGGACUUUAUGUCAACUUUUGAAAACAGGGAAAUCUGACAUUGGAUUGUUUAGGUUGAAUGAGGAAAAAGUCUCCCUUUUUCUUGAAUUUCCUGAUUAUUCUGUCUAAAAUCCCAGCUUAUUCAUCAGAUUUGAGGAUGGUCUUAGUGUAAGAAUUGGCUUAGUUACUGCUGUGGUCAUACCAUCAGAUACAUAGGACACUUUCUGAACCAUAAGGCUCAUUAAGCAUUAAAAUGACUAACUGAGGGAGUUAUGCAGUCUCCUCUGGGAGCCUCUACAAACAGGAUACUCUUUUUCAGGAUGGUUAGAUGUAGGUCACCUUGAAAGUAGUUUUCUAUUCUCUCAAAGUCUUCUCCUUUAGUCAUAAAAUCUGAUAUUUAUUACCAAAAAUUUAUUUCAAAGUAUAUCAUAUACCCCCCCCCCCAAAUUUAGCCAAAUCGAUAUAAAUUUUAUAAGAAAAUCACUUGAAAAUUCCAGGUCAUGGUAUUUUGGUUUUCAUGACUUAAAGAAAAAACUCAUUUUUUAAAAAAGACAAAUUAACCAUAAUGUAGAUAAUAAUACUAUCACCCUUCUCCACUUCUCUGAAGAAAUGAAGUAACCAAGAAUCUACUGACUACCUUGGAUCUUCAUUUUUUUGGAUCCAUUCUGAAUCUGUACUAAUUAUGACAAACUGAAUAAGGCUUCUGAUUCAAUAAUUCCUCUUUUAUUUAUUUCUUCAAAUUGGUACCCUGUGUGGGGAUAUGUAUGUAGGUGUGUUGACAUGAAUUUGGGUAAUAUUUAUUUGAUUGUCUAGGGGAAACUAUUAUCAAAUAUCUUUAUUUUUCCCUUAACAAUUUUUCCCAUGUAAUAUCUGGUACCAGGUUGGAACAUCAUUUAAUAUCAUUAAAAAGGAAAUGAUGAGAGUAUUAGAAUGUAAGAUAAGUUUAAACCAAGAACAUUAAAUGCAUGUUGUGUCAGGGAUCUAGUCUUUUGCAUGGUUGUUCUUUCUAGAAAGAUGUAUUUAUUAAAGUUCUCACUUUUAUUUAUAAUUCACAUUGGUUUCAAUUUCAUAUAGAAAAUAUGAAAUGUACAUAUAAACAUACAAUUUAAUAUGCCUUUUUUGUUAUAUUCAGGGAAAAUGAGACUGUGUAAAUGUUUUUCACUUUAAAGAGCAUUCUCAUGUGAUUUCCUAUAUUUAUAUACUUUGGUUGACAUGUCCUACAGACUACUGAUCAAUCUCAUCUUUAUUUUUUGUUUGCAGAUUUAUCAGAAAUGCUCUUGUUUUAUCAACAUGUGUUAAAUAUUGUAUGUAUGUAAAGUCAGAAAAUUCCCUUUUUUGUUCAAAUAAGAACAAAAUAUCUUGUGUUAUUCACCAUCUUGCUGACUCUUAGCCCACAUCAAUAGUCCUUGGUACUGUUUUUUAUGCCUAAUGCAAAUCUGUGUGUGUAUAUGUGUACCCACAUGUGUUCACAUGCUAAUACAUCCUUGUAUACACAGAGAUAUUUACUGUGCAUGUAAACAGAAGCAUAUAUUUAAAGGUACAUAGACAUGUACAUAUGACCACAUAAAAUAUUUUUUCAAAAACUAAAAUAUUAGAAAUAGAAUAAAACUAAGGUUUAAAGCUGUUCUUUCUGUAGUUACUUAGUGAAGAAAAAGUUUCUGUUAUGAUUGUGUUUCUGUGCAUGACAGCAUGACUAUUCCUGGCUCCUAAUUUUGCCCCUAUUGUCCACAUUUAAAUAGUUCACUCAUCUCUCUAUCCCUCCAUUUCCCAUCUAACAAAUGUAGUGUCUGACCUGCCUACCUCAUAGGGGUGUUUUCUUCAUCAAAGUAGAUGAUGAUGAUAGCAUGACAGUGCUUUUAAAAAGUACUAUGCAACUUUAAGGUGUCAUUGCUUUUUGUCACUAAGAUCAUAAAGGAAACUUGUUGCAAUAAGAAAGGCUUUUUGCACUGGUGCCAGUGUUUUAACAGCUUCUGAAUGAAUUCUUGGUUCUUUGACCUUGUGGAAACAGAUUUGAUGGAAUAACAUCUACUUUGGUAAGGGGAGGUGGGGAAAUAUACAACAUCUGUUCUGGUUGAUGUUGUUUCCCUUAUUGCCUAUGUUUAUAAAAACUCAAAUUUAUGGAUACGGGACUGGGUCAAUAUUACCUUCUUUUUCCACAGGAUCAUAAAUAUGUAUUUGUUGCUGAGAAAGCUGUCCUUUUAAAAAAAUUUUUUUUGAUCCCAUCCUUCCACAAAAUACCUAGGAGACUCUUUCAAUAAUCACCUUUACAACUUGGAGGUCUGAUACUACCAGAUUUGAAUUUAACUCAUUUGAAAAAACAUCUUUUUGGUCUUAAAAGUGGAGAGAAGGCCCUAAAGCUGAUUGUCAAACAUAGAGCAUUUCCUUGGAAAUCACCAUUAUCAUCAAAGAGUUGUCAUGGUCCUGUAUAUAUGAGUAUUGUACUUCUUGUGAGCAUGUUGCCAGUUUUAUAUUCUGAAUCAUGUCCACUCCAGUCACUGUAAUAAAUAUAUCAUGGACAUGUAAUUUUACUGGCUGCCACUCUGCAGUCAUUGCCUCUAAUAAAUAGCUUUUUUGUUUCUUUUGAUGGUA